AUGAAGUGGGCAUUCUCUCUCUUCUUCCUUGCAGUCUUCGUCUCCAUUGCUCUGCAUGUUCAUCGAGUCAGCGGAGAUGCAAAAAUUUCGAAGACCAUCAAUGUCAAUCUCGAUGGUACAGGAGAUUUCAAGACCAUCCAAGAGGCCAUUGGUUCAGUGCCUGCGAACAAUGGGGAAUGGAUACGGAUUCAUAUCUCGGCAGGAGUUUCAUGCAGGGAGAAGGUGUACGUACAAGAACAUCGCGGGUUCAUCCUACUGGAAGGGGAUGGGCGUGAGAACACAGUGAUUGAGUGGGCGGACUAUGCCGGCGAUGCCGAGAAGCAUGAUACCGUCUCCUCUGCCACCUUCACAUCGCGUGCCCACAAUUUUGUCGCUAAAAAGAUUACUUUCAAGAAUAGUGCAGGCGCUGUAGGGCCAGCAGUGGCAGCUAUGAUACGAGGGAACCAUUCCGCUAUCUACGACUGUGGCUUCAUUGGCCUCCAGGACACACUUUACGAUCAAAGGGGACUGCACUACUACAAAGAUUGCUACAUUGAGGGCGCAGUUGACUUCAUAUUUGGAGACGGCCAAUCUAUCUAUGAGGGAUGCACCAUAUAUACAAAACACCAAUCUGGCUUUGUGACGGCUCAGCAAAGACAAGGCCCUACCGAGGGGAAUGGGUUUGUCUUCAGGUACUGUAAUGUGACUGGGACUCAGAAAGCCGAGUUAGGUAGAGCAUGGGGACCUUAUGCGCGGGUUAUAUUUUAUGAAACGUUCAUGUCGGACAUUGUGAAUCCUGAAGGGUGGAAUGCUUGGAACUCCAAGGAGGAAGAUUUAACUUUUGUGGAAUUCAGAUGCACUGGACCCGGAUCAAAUACAUCACACCGGGUGAAUUGGAUGAAGAAAUUAAGUCCUGCAAAGCUGAAGAAAUUUACUGACAUAACAUAUAUUGACAGUGAAGGAUGGAUUAGCGCACAGCCUUAAUUUUAAUUGUAUUCAAACUGAUAUCUAAAAUGGAAUAUGUCUGAUGUAAGCUAUCACCUUACGUCGUUGCAAGUACUCUCUCCCUCUUUGUUCGAUCGAUCACUGCAGGUUAUGAUGACAUCUUCUUGUCUAGAAAUUUAAUAAAAGCAAACGUUCUAUUA